AUGUUAUCCCAAACGCAUCUUAUAAAAGAUUGCAUUGGUUCGAGAGUAUCUCAUGAUAGACAGUUGACAAUUUUACAAAGGAUUUCUUUAUUUUUUAUUUUUGUAGAUUUUUUAACACUUAUUUAUUUAUUUAUUUUUUCAGUGGGGAAGAUAACCUGUUUCAAAACGUUUUCGGCACUCAACAGUAUAGUUUUUACAAAUAUUCCUUCACCUAAAGAUAAUGUCCAUAGCGAGUACUACUUUGGAAAAUGUACGACUCGUUACAAAAAGCUGUUUUUACAUGACCAUUAUACUGCAGACGAAAUUCAAGGAGCUAUCAUUGUUCGGGGCCAUCUUAACGUAACGGAUGAGAUCAGAAGACCGAACUGCGUCUACAUAAGAGCGACUUCGGCUGUUAGUGACAUGGUUAGAUACCAGGCCUACAAAUUCGCCCUAUGUUUUGCUAGAAUAGUCCACAAUUACAGCGGCGAAAUCUUCGAAUAUAAUUACUACGAAUGGUUCUUACCAGUGGAAAUUCAAGAUGGCAUUGAAUGGGACAUAUUUUUCUACGAAGUUCUUUAGACUUAUAUGACCUUUCACUAGCUUUCACCUAGCCCUUAAAAUUUAAGUGUCCCCUUAACCAAAAUAAGGGACACCUAUUGUAAGUUUUCAUUUCAAAAACGGUUAAGUGACACCUAAAACUUUAAGUGACAUACGUUUUUUGUACCGUCCUGUGUAAACUACUGCCCACGAAUUAAAAUCAAAAAUAGUUUUUGCAAAGUACGCUGAAAAACAGCAGUAUUCAUUCAUUCACCCUACAAAGGACCAAAAAAAUUAUUUAUAUUUUUUCUGUUUAAUUUAGUUGUUAAUAUUUCUUUGUUGUACAUAAACUA